GUAUACAUGUGAAUAUGUUAUUGAAUUCAGGGAUGUUUUUGAACACGAUCCAAGUUGGAGAAAAACUGUAGUUGGGUGCUAUGUUCUGCUUUUGCUCCAGGAUAUGCAUAAAUUCGGCAUUAUAUAUCAAGAUGAGAUGCCGGGAAGGGCAAAUGAGUUUAAUAACUCUGUAGACAUUUAUGUUCAACCCAUGGAGUUGCGAGAGGAAGACCUGGGUGUUAUUUAUCCCAUACAAUGCAUAUUUAUGUGGCGGUUUGGUUUUUUACUCCGUCAAAGAUACAAUGCUUAUCUGCGAACCUUCUACAGCGAGCCAUUCACAAGUUUAGUAUGGGUCUGCUUAUUCAUCAUAGUUUUUAUUAGCUCACUUGAAUUCUACCUUCUCAGUUAUUGGGAUUCCAUACAAUUUGGAGGGGAGAGCAGUUUCGUUCACGAGCUUUUAUUUGCAUUUUCUGCUUGCUGUCAGCAAAUACUUCCCAUGCGAGGUGUGUCAGUCUCACGUCGCAUCGCAUAUCUGACAUUCAUAAUAGGUGUAUACAUCGUUCAUACCUAUUACACAUCCAACUUACUGUCACAUCUCGUAACUGAAAGGGAAACAACAUUAAGUCUAGAAUCUCUCGCUAAAAGUGACUACGCCUUUGAAACAUAUAAGGAUCUGAAUCUCAUCACCGAUAAAAAGAUAUACGAAUCGGCCAUGGACAAAAAUCUCAGUAUUGUAUGGAGUAAGCUGCAAAACCUUCAAGUUGUGAGCCUGUCAACGGCUCUAACUUCAAUGAUGAAUCUCAGAGCAGCUGUCCUGACUGACUACAUCACUUUGUACCCUAUCGUAAAGAGAAGUUACGAAAUGGACGAUAUUUGUAACUUAAUUGAAAUCGAUCUCUACUCAAACGUCAAGAAAUAUUUGUUUACCUCGAAAAACUUUUCUUACAAGGAACAAUUUAAAAUCGGGAUUCUAAGAUUAAAAGAAGCCGGUCUGAUCAGGCGUCAAAUCUCCCUGGAAAAAUACUUACCAGUUAAAUGCAAGGCUUCUGUCAACCAUUACAGGUCGCAAUUUGAACUUACAACAGCACUGCUAAUUCUUGUACUAACAGCUUAUGUUCUAGCAUUCACUAUCAUGAUCUUUGAGAGAAUAUAUUACCAGAGGAAUAAAGUGUGGCCUUAUUUUAAUUAAGCUAUGCAUAUUAUAAUAUAUAUUAAUGAUCUGUCUGUUUGUAA